GAUUUUUUAAUCGCUCUGGAUUUUUUGUCCUUCGCUGGGCUUGCAACCUGCGCAGAAAAGAUUAAAAACAUGUAAAUCUUUGCGUAUAAAGGAGAAGGAAAUCGUCGCAAUAGUGUCAGUCACUCUUGAAAAAUCGUUCUUGAAGCCAUAAAAAAUCGAAUAACAAUUGAAGACCAAUGAUGAGACAAUUUAUCAGUUCCAUCAUUUUAUUUAGUGUCUUUAAUGUGAAACCAUCAGCUUCUUGGUCCAUUGACAUCGUCUAUCCACAUCCCCAGGAUGGGCUUAACGAUAUCAAGGGAACACGGAAGGAGCAAUUGAAUCUAAUCUAUCCAGGUACAAAGUGGUGUGGAAGCGGAAACAUUGCGGAAAACUCCGAGGAUCUUGGACAUUUUUCUGCUACUGAUAGAUGCUGCCGCGAUCACGAUCAAUGCGAUGAUGUAAUCGGAGCUAUGGAAACUGGGCACAACAUAACGAAUUCCGCGUUCUAUACCAGGGUCGAGUGCUCCUGCGAUGAAAAAUUUUAUGACUGCCUUCACCAUUCAGACGACAAGAUUGCACCGCAUAUAGGUACAUUCUACUUUAGUCUCCUGAACACUCAGUGUUUCCGGAAGGAUUAUCCGAUCAUCUCUUGCAAGCGUUAUUCUACGUAUCUGAGACGCUGCGUGGAAUACAAUCUGGACGAAAGCCAGCCGAAAAUAUACCAGUGGUUCGACGUGCCUCCGUACUGAUGACCGUCGGCCCGGAAUCAAGUGCACCUCAACCAAAAGCCGGUCCUCUUGCUGAGAAAAGAGGCAUGGGGGAGAGAGAUCCUUUAACACGUUCUCUUCAUGCUCUUACUCCUCAAUUUCUGGCGUUUACUUCAAUUUUCAUUCAACGACGUCCCACUCCAUUUAAUGGGACUCCAGAGUGGCUUGAUUGCCCGGAAAUGAAUCGUGGAGUUUCUACUUUUCCUUCAUUUUCUUAAUGAAUAAACGUUCAAUCUACCACUCAAAGCAAAUGCUGUAUAGGAAA